ACAAUGCACUAGGAAAAUUGUUGUACAAGGAUUACCCGCUGUUUUAAUUGUGUAUCAGUUAUCAUUUUAAGACGAUUGUUCGAAAUCAGCGAAAAAGAUGCAGACGGCCACGAUGCCUGUUAAGGAGCGCUUCGAUGCUGCUGUUAAUGUUAUAAGAAGCAUGCCAAAGAAUGGCACAUUUCAGCCGAGCCAUGAAAUGAUGCUGAGAUUCUACAGUUUUUACAAACAAGCCACAUUGGGUCCCUGCAAACAACGAAGGCCUGCCUUCUGGGACGUCGUCAACAGAGCGAAAUGGGACGCCUGGAAUAAGCUAGGUGACAUGCCGGCUGAAGAAGCCAUGUUGUUGUACAUAGCCGAUUUGGGUAAAAUUAUCGAAACCAUGGCUUACACAGACAACGUUGCUAGUUUUAUACAAAGCGUUGAAGGCGUCGAAGGCUUGUCUUUAGACAUGCUUGAAGCUGUAGCCCCUAACGCUAUACAAAAAGUUCGAUCCACACCAGCAUCUCCCAUCACUUCGCGAGAAGUCAGUCCUAUACGAGAUGAAAAACUUGUUAACGGUAUUAAAACUAACGGUGUGCACCAUUCAGAAACACCUGACAACUCUGAAGACGAGUAUAUUGAUACCGUAGAAAGUGAGCAUGAAUUAACAACGUCCAAAGCUAAAGUACAUGUAAGUCGCAAGGAAAGAAAACGUAGAGGCGACAGUUUAACUAAAGAAACCUUAAACAAUGUUGCACAUAUGAACGACGAGUUACACAAAUUAGAAAACCAUUACGCUGUUAAUUUAUGUGAGCAGUUACAAAAAACUAUAGACAGCAUGAAAGCUGAUUUACACAAUGCGAAUGAAAGAGUUUCUAAAAUGGAGCGUAAGACUAAUCAAUUCCUGGCGGUUCGUACAAAAGUGCCCCAGUGGUGGCCGUUUCAAGGUAUAACACCUAAUUGGUUUCUGUUUCUGAUUCUGUGGCCGUUCAUAGCGCAGAGAAUCAGCAAUUAUCUCACGCAGAAGAGGAAUUAAAUGUUAUUGUGAUUUAUUGUUUAUUUAUGCUGGUGCACGUAAAUAUAUAGAGCUUGAUGUAGU